CUUCAAACUGAUUGAUCACAUUGCCUGUUACUUCUGGAUUGUGGGGAUCAAACUGUUAGGCAAGAAAAGGCUGGAGAUGUUAAGUAAACACAAACAGGCGUGCAGCCGGUGGGGGAAUAAUCAUGCUCCACCUGGCUUUCUCAAUAGUUCCAAUUGUCCCGAUCAAAAGGUAGCAACAUAUUCUAGGAAUAUCUCCUCCAAAAAAAAAUUCUGUGCCUCUCUCGCUCCUGUGAAUGACUGUGCAGAAGGGUUUCUUUAAUAAAUGGUGAUGAAAACUGAAGAUUUUCACCGAGACUCUAAUCAACCACUGCUCAGCGUCAAACUGGUGAGAGUCGUCCAAAACAAUAAGUUAUACUACUCCACGUUCAGUAUUUUGCUUUGGAUUUCCAGCAUUUGCAGAUUGUCUCGUGUAUUGCUCGCCACAGUCUGGUGUACCUAGUGUUGAAAUCAUGCUUAUUGGGAAGUUUAAGCAACCUUCACAGUGUGAGAAGACGAGGAGUUGCGAGCAGCGCUUUAUUAGGCUCCCAGCUUUCACUUGCGGAAUUCUGUCAGGGUGCUUCCGGUCUCUUCAUUCUUUCUGCAGCUCACGAUAGGUUGCGGGGAGGGGUGGUGUCCAAGGCGCUGUGGUAAAGAAGCCAAAUGAAACAGCUCGGAUCUACAUUCACGCCGGGCCGACGCCGAUCGGCGAGGGACACAGCGUCUGUGGCAGCGGCCCUCACAGAGGGAGUCCGUGAAACCCCCGCGGCUCGUCGCUUCCACCACCGUUCACCGGCAUGGCAACUCCAGCGGACAGCGGUAAUUUUGUCUCCGGCUUCUGCCGCUGCUAACUUCUCAAUUCGCCUGCUCUCUUCCUUUUACUCGGAGUUAUUUCCGCACCACGGAGAAGGAAUUGUAGGGACUUGGGUUCAACCCUGCCCUGAACUACUGUCCGUGUGGAGUCUGUGCCUGUGACCCGGGGUUCCUCCCACGGAAUUCGGUUCGAUCCUGUGAAAUCCUCCAGCCGAAUGUUUUCUGCUUCAGCAGCAAGCUAUUCCGUCCAGCUCUCUGAUACAUACACACCCUGUUCUGUUCCCAUCUGCGCUGAUUGUGAUUGGCUUUAGCGAUCGAGAAAACAACCAAGUCUCAGGGAUGUGGUGGGAAACUCGCUUUGUUUAUUAAGAUAGCGAUACAGCGUGUAAUCAGCCCUUUGAGCUGUGUCUCCCAGUAACCCCGAUUUAACCCUGGCUUAAUCACGGGGCAUUUUCAGUAACCGUUACUGACCAGUCUGUUUUUGAUUUGUGGGAAGAAACCGAGGCAGUUAGAGAAAACCCACGCAUCCCACGGGGAGGACGUACAAGCGACUCCACAUCGGGAUUUUACCUCAAACUCUGGAACCCUGGAAAAAGUGCGGGCUCCGCAUUGAUAGAAGUGCAGGUCGGAAUUUAACCCUGGAACUGAGUGACAGCAGAGAGUUCUGUUGACCAGUUUCCUAUGCCUCGACAAUUUUCAUGUGCCUACUGGUUGUGGUCUUCCCAUUCUCUUCCAUUGAACAUCUUCGGAUUCGUUCCAACGGCUGGUUCUGAAUUAUCCUGUUUGUGAAGCUCCAAGCAGUGAAAAUGUGAUGUGAUCAAAAUGAGAAUUCAAGGGAAGAGUCAACGAAAUGGACAAAAUCUCAGAUUUUCACACUGGUAUCUACAGCAUCAAUAAACUUCAGCUCCAUGGUUUGUUAUUCGAUUCUAGGACCUUUCUUUCCAAAAGAGGCAGAAAUUAAAGGAGUUAGCGCCAGUAUUGUUGGAAUGAUAUUUGGUUGUUUUUCUUUAUUCAAUUUAAUAUUUUCACUGAUAAUGGGAAAAUAUAUUGUGCAAAUUGGUGCAAAAUUUAUGUUUGUAGCUGGUAUGUUUAUUUCCGGUUGCUGCACUAUUCUCUUUGGCUUACUGAAUUUGGCUCCAGAUGGACCCAUAUUUAUCUCUUUGUGUUUCAUCGUAAGAUCAGCAGAUGCAGUGGGGUUUGCUGCAAGUUCCACUGCCUCGUUCUCUAUUCUUGCUGCAACUUUUCCAAACAAUGUUGCUACAGUCUUGGGAUCUCUGGAAAUAUUCACUGGACUUGGCCUAUCACUGGGUCCACCAAUCGGAGGCUAUUUAUAUCAAUUAUUUGGAUAUCAAAUGCCUUUCAUUAUGCUGGGAUGUGUGCUUCUAUUAAUGGUACCUUUGAACAUGUGCAUUUUAUCAAGAUGUGAUGGAGUUGCCAGUAAUUCCAGUUUAUGGAAGCUCAUUUUGAUCCCUAAAAUAACAUUUAUGUACAUGAUUAUGUUUUCCAUAAGUUCUUGUAUUGGAUUCCUGGAUCCCACCAUAUCACUAUUUGUUAUCGAUAAGUUCAAAUUAAAUACUGGAUCUGUGGGACUGGUAUUCCUGGGGCAUGCUGUGACUUAUGCAGUAUCCUCCCCAUUUAUUGGAUUUCUGUCUGAUAAACUACCUAGAAUUAGAACAGGGCUGGUGUUAUUUGGAAGUUGGAUGAUUGCAUUGAGCUUUCUGUUUUUGGGGCCAGCACCCAUUUUUCAUAUUAAGGGCCAGUUGUGGUUGUUUAUUUUAAUGCUGGUGAUAUCUGGGUUUUCACUUAGUUUGUGUGGCAUUCCCCUUUUUCCAGAAAUCAUUACCUGUGCUUAUGAAAAUGGAUUUGAAGAAGGACUAGGCACUUUAGGUUUAGUGUCUGGAUUAUUUGGAGCGUUUUGGUGUCUUGGAUCAUUUAUAGGACCAACACUGGGUGGAUUCUUGUAUGACAGAUUAAAUUUUGAGUGGGCUGCAGCUGUGCAAGGAGGUUUUCCAUUUGUCUUUGGUACAUUAUUGGGUGUGUACUUUAUAAUAGAAAAGGUGUGCAAAAGGUCACAUUCUGGAAGCAACACAGAAGAAGAAACAAAGCAACUAUUAUCAAAUUGAAUGUGGAAGCUUUGAAUAUUUACAUGCACUACAGUCUUUCUGGAGAUCAAUUUUUAAUUAUUAGGAUAUCCACAAACCUACUUAGUGAGCAACUUCACAAGUGUUUGGACUAUUUACAUUGUUUGUUAUUUCUUCUAUUUGAUAAUUAAAUUUAAAUAUUUUACAUUGCUGCUACAAAGUACUAUGUGAAAUACCAUUUUAUGAUGUAGAAGUAUGAAAAGUGCAUUCUCCCAGUGUAAUUUGAUGUCCUUCACACCACAAUCAGCCUAUCACAAAUAAAGCUACUCUUGGAAUUCCA